AUGAUGGAAGAAAAAGGCACAGAAUCAACUCAGCACUCACUAAUGCCGCAACGUAAAAAGCUUCCACGCGCGUUUUCGGAGGUGGUAUCAAAGCCAAACUUUCCGAUUAUAGUGGAAUCUAUCGACCCCAGAAAUACAAGCGAUGACAUCAUGAAGCAAGUUAAGGAUGGGAUCGAUGUAGUCGAAUUAGUUAUUGGCAUCAACCAUAUUAAGAAAGCCAAGAACCAGAAGGAUCUAAUCGGUUGCGAGUCUGAAGGAGAUAGAAAUAUUCUCCAAGACCGACUUAAGCAUACAACUGACAACUUAACAGUGUACAGACCAGCCACCAGAAACCCACUUUUGCGCCUUACAGGAGUUGUCUUCGACUUGUCAAAUGGUAAAAUCGAAGAAGCUAUAAUAAAACAGAACACCACACUUCUAAGCGAUAUUACGGCAGCAGAAAAGCAGGUGAAAGUUAUCAGAAGAACGAAGGGCAAGGGAUAUAGGAAUUUGGGACUCGCGAGAAUAACUGGCAGGGCAACGGCGGAGCGUUGUGCUAAUAUUUUGAAGGACAAGUUAGCAUCCUAUGAUCUAUCUUUGGAAGAGGACAUGGCAUGCAUGCAUUGUACGAAGGCACUUGUCGACCCUUAG